AGCACUCCCCCAUCGAUCUCUGGUGCCGCCGAAUCCUCGGUCCCGUCAGUCCCGUGGCCGGCGCUUAUAUGGCAGUGCCCAGAAGCUCAGAGCCACGAGGAUCGCUGAACUCGUCAUCGUAACGUUUUCGUCGCGCCUCUCUCUCGUUUCCGCUCUCCUUCUCUAUCUCUCGUCAUCCUGCGUUCGCCGGCGUCCAGCAGCCACCAUGAGAGAGUGCAUUUCCAUCCACAUCGGUCAGGCGGGCAUCCAAGUCGGCAAUGCUUGCUGGGAGCUUUACUGCCUCGAGCAUGGAAUUCAGCCCGAUGGGCAGAUGCCCAGUGACAAGACGGUAGGAGGAGGAGACGAUGCCUUCAACACCUUCUUCAGUGAGACGGGAGCCGGGAAGCAUGUGCCUCGCGCUGUGUUCCUGGACCUGGAGCCCACUGUGAUCGACGAGGUUCGGACUGGAACUUACCGUCAAUUGUUUCACCCCGAGCAGCUGAUUUCCGGCAAGGAGGAUGCGGCCAACAACUUCGCUCGAGGCCAUUACACCAUUGGAAAGGAAAUUGUCGACCUGUGCUUGGACCGCAUCAGGAAACUCGCCGACAACUGCACGGGUCUGCAAGGAUUCCUGGUGUUCCAUGCCGUGGGCGGAGGCACUGGCUCCGGUCUUGGAUCUCUGCUUUUGGAGCGUCUGUCGGUGGAUUAUGGAAAGAAGUCCAAGUUGGGAUUCACCGUGUACCCAUCGCCUCAGGUGUCGACAGCCGUCGUGGAGCCGUACAACAGCGUGCUGUCGACCCACUCGUUGCUCGAGCACACUGAUGUGGCCGUCAUGCUCGACAACGAAGCCAUCUACGAUAUCUGCCGCCGCUCUUUGGAUAUUGAACGACCAACUUACACCAAUUUGAACAGACUGAUUUCACAGGUGAUCUCGUCGCUGACUGCAUCACUGCGAUUUGACGGAGCACUGAACGUGGAUAUCACCGAGUUCCAAACCAACUUGGUGCCAUAUCCACGAAUUCACUUCAUGCUGUCGUCCUACGCUCCAGUUAUUUCGGCGGAGAAGGCUUACCACGAGCAGCUGUCGGUGGCAGAAAUCACCAACAGCACCUUCGAGCCUUCAGCCAUGAUGGCCAAGUGCGACCCUCGUCACGGUAAGUACAUGGCUUGUUGUAUGAUGUACAGAGGUGACGUCGUCCCCAAGGACGUGAACGCCUCGGUGGCCACCAUCAAGACCAAGCGGACGAUCCAGUUUGUGGAUUGGUGCCCCACAGGAUUCAAGGUCGGCAUCAACUACCAGCCUCCGACCGUGGUUCCAGGAGGAGAUCUGGCCAAAGUGCAGCGAGCGGUGUGUAUGAUCUCCAACACCACCAGUGUAGCAGAAGUGUUCUCCCGUCUUGAUCACAAGUUCGAUCUCAUGUACGCCAAGCGUGCGUUCGUCCACUGGUACGUCGGAGAGGGAAUGGAGGAGGGAGAAUUCUCCGAAGCUCGUGAGGAUCUGGCAGCUCUUGAGAAGGAUUACGAGGAGGUGGGAGCCGAAUCUGCCGAAGGCGAUGGCGAAGAUGAGGGCGAGGAAUACUAGACUUCUCGAGUUCGAUCGAUCGUUCGCUGCAGUUGAACAUGACUCGCCAUCGAUUCGAUCUCGUAGAUCCUUUGUCGUCGAUCUGCACCCACUCCCAUAUCCACAUUGUGAAGGAAGAACGAUCAGAAGGUCGCCGAUCGUUCUGUUCUUCAGAGUGGUGAAAGUUUUGAACGUACUGUGCUGUCGGAUAUAUAAAUUUGGUCCUCUUCGGUGAACCGAGUGGAUAGUAUACUAGGCAUUGGAUGCAUGAGCGGUAAGUGAGUUAAUUAAGUUAGACCAUUUUGAGCAGAAGAUGCAUAGGGAUGAUAAUGAUUCAUGGGAGGCUUUUAUGAUAUUCUACACUUGGAAAAGCUGUUCAGAUUGCUCCUUCAGUCAUCUACCCGAGCAUGAGUGCAAUCUCAGCUGACAACAACUAAGUGAAGACAUUUCGGGCAUUGGCACACUUUGUUUCGAGAAGCUUUUUGAUUGAUUGACUGAGAACUCAAGAAAUAUGAAGGCUUCAAUUUCAAUAAUGCAAUUGCAGAGCCGUCGAGCUCA